AUAUCAACCCCAUCUCCCCAGUUCCUUGUAAACAUAUACGAUGGGCAACAUGAAAUUCUCGGUGUUUGUUCUUCUCCUUGUUUGCGGUGUAGUUCUGCUGGGGGAGACUUCCAAAAGCUUUGGCGCCAAAGCUUGCCCGCUUUACUGCUUGGAUGUGGAUUAUAUGACUUGUGUUUCAUCAGGCGAAGAGAAGCUCACGGCUCCAUGCAACUGCUGCCUGGCUCCAAAGCAGUGCACCCUUCAUCUUGUAGAUGGAUCUGAAGUGCAAUGCGACUGAAACUCAGAAUUAAUCAUCUAGAUUAUGAUCUAUAAAUAUGUAUGUGUGGUAUUUCCGUGAUCAACUAUGAUGAAAGCUAGUUGCUCUGUUUCAAAAAUGUCGAAUAAAUGGAGUGAUUCCUCGUCACAAACAGCAUCAAAUCUAUCUGCAGCUUUGGGUUGUUUUCAUGAAGAAAAGUUUGGUUGAGGCCGGUUUUUUGUGAUAUUAGCUGUAGAAAACUGAGUAGUCACAAAUUGUUCUCUAUCAAUUGGAACUCAAGACUUUGAGAAAAUUUCUUC